CGAGAGCAUCACCCAGCAACCACACUUCUCCUCCAGAGAAGGCCCUGAGAGCACAGCUCCUCACCAUGGACUGGACUUGGAGGAUCCUAUUUUUGGUGGUCAUAGCUGCAGAUGCCCACUCCCAGGUCCAGCUGGUGCAGUCUGGGGCUGAGGUGAAGCAGCCUGGGGCAUCAGUGAAGAUCUCCUGCAAGGCUUCUGGAUACACCUUCACUAGCCACUGUAUGCACUGGGUGCACCAGGCCCAUGCACAAGGGCUUGAGUGGAUGGGAUACGUGUGCCCUAGUAGUGGCAGCACAAGCUACGCACAGAAGUUCCAGGGCAGAGUCACCAUGACCAGGGACAUGUCCACAAGCACAGCCUACAUGGAGCUGAGCAGCCUGAGAUCUGAGGACAUGGCCAUGUAUUACUGUGCAAGAGACACAGUUUGAAAACCACAUCCUGAGAAUGUCAGAAACCCCAGGGAGGAGGCAGCUGUGCUGGUGUGGAGGAGAUGACAGGGAUUAUGAGGUUUAAAGUUGUUUAGAAGGUGGGUUAAAUAACUGA